CUAGAGUAUGCUGCUCUUGAUGCAGCUGUCCUCGUUCACAUAUUCAGGCAAGUCCGCAGCAAUUCCCAUCCUGCUUCUGAUGUGCAAAUGAAAAUUGAGUGGAAAUCCUACAUUGUAUACCACAUGGAUAACCUGAAAAAGACCAAGGAGGAAACUAGAAGUAAAAAGGAGCCUGAUGCCGGGGCUUGUGACACUUGA